AUGGCCCGAACCCUUGUGAGCCGCCGCCCUGCAUUGAAGCCCGUGCCCGAACAAAACGACAAUCCGAUGUCCGACAAUGACUCGUCGAGUCCCAACACGAAUUCGAACUCGUCCGCCUCACGAACCCUCUCUCUCCCCAAGCCCACGAGAGUGGGCGUAGCUUCCGGACUCGAAUCCGAGAUCCAAUCGGCCCCCGACUGUGAGGAGGCCGCCAGAGUGCGAAGCGUGCCGACGAGGCCCAGAUCUAGGCCCAGGCUCGACUUGGGGAAACGGGCCGCUCUUGGUGGGCCUUCCAAGGAUGCAAGGAGGCUUAAGGGCCUCGAGAUCCGGAGGAGAACCAACAACGAGCACGACGACGUCAUCCUCGUCCGCGGGUUGAUCGAGUAUCUGGACCGGGUCGGGUCCGGAGGGCGGUUCUUCGACCUGCACCCCUUCCACAAGUUCAUCCGCGGCCGGUUCGCGUGCGAACCGACCCCAGACCAACUGCAUAGCAUGAUCUCCCGAAUCCGGGCCAACUAUCGCAGGAACAUGACCAAGGAGGCGAAGAGAGGCCGAGCCCCGAGGGGGGCCCACCAGCAGUUGGUGUACGAGCUUUCCAAGCUCGUGUGGGGGGGCGACGAGCCCCGAUGGAUGCCUCGCGUGAAAAUGGUGAAGAAGAGGCAGAACGGGCUGGAGGAGGUAGGCCCAUCCGAGGGACCCGAUCUAAAUCUGGACGAGGAGGACGAUCUGGAGGAGAUAGGUCCAUCUGAAGGGCCUAGCCCAAAUAGGGACGAGCCAAAAGAGAUGGGCCUAUCUCAGAGGCCCGACCCAAACCGAGAGGAGGCGAGCCUUUGGAGGGACGAUGGCUCGGUGGUUUGGGGUAAGGUGGCCGAGGUCAUGGACAGCCAAGACACAAGUGGCGUGGCCCCGAUGGUUGAAAGGCUUUGGCCCAAGAUGUUUGGAGGGGUGCCGCCGGGUAGAAAGGCGGAGGACUGGCGAAAGGUGGUGGUGAAGGACAUUUAUCUCUAUAUAAAGAAGACGGAGAUUAAGGUGGGGAAGGCCAAUCUCGUUGGCAAUGUUCUCAAGGCCAUAUAA